UUAAAAAAACUUUUAAGGUUAAUAUUUUAUAGUUUACUUUGGAUUCUGCAGAAAUUGGAAAUAUCACUUCCUCAGGACUCGGCGUAUUAUAAUAAUAACCAAAAGUCUUGGUGUUAAAGCUUUCAAGUUGCAAUUUACAAAAUCAGACUUAUAAACAAAUAUGGAUAAACCAGUAGUCUUGUCUAGAGUUUUGAAAGUCUUAGGCCGUACUGGAUCGCAAGGCCAAUGUACUCAAGUUAAAGUUGAAUUCAUUGGCGAACAGAAUCGUCAAAUUAUCAGGAAUGUCAAAGGGCCCGUUCGCGAAGGAGACAUACUCACACUCCUCGAGUCCGAAAGAGAAGCCAGAAGACUUCGAUAAUAUAAUUCAAUGGAUAUGCGUUCAAGUAUAAAUAUUAAUCAUAAGGUGACAACUAAUUUGUGACAAAUGACAUUGUAAUAAAUAUGUCUGAAACACAUUUGCA